GGUCACCUGGGUCGGCCCUGAGCCCGCCGGCAGGGCGGGUGGGCCGCUGCCACCUGAAAGCGGGGCAGCCUCCGACUGCGAGCGCCCCGCACUUUCGGCAGCUCGGCUCCCCCCGGCGCCUGGCGUUGACCUCGACCCGGGCCCUGCCCACUGAAGAGAAUAAAGGCUCAGUGACUCUUGCCAGUUCUGCCUUGUAACUCACCUGCCUCUUGGAGCGCACAGCUGACGGGCUUGUGCCUCUGCCGGGAUGGACACAAGGACAGUGCUGCUCAUCCUGCAAGCCUCGUUGGUGCUCCCCCUGGCUGAUGGCAGUGACCCCGUCCUGCGCUUUGUGGCUGUGGGUGACUGGGGAGGGGUCCCCAAUGCCCCAUUCUAUACAGCCCGGGAAACGGCCAAUGCCAAGGAGAUGGCUAGGACGGUGAAGAUUCUGGGCACAGACUUCAUCCUGUCUCUGGGGGACAAUUUCUACUUCACUGGCGUGCAGGAUGCCAAUGAUAAGAGGUUCCAGGAGACCUUUGAGGAUGUGUUCUCUGCCCCCUCCCUCCGCGGCGUGCCCUGGUACGUGCUGGCUGGCAACCAUGACCACCUGGGCAACGUCUCAGCACAAAUCGCCUACUCCAGGAUCUCCGAGCGCUGGAACUUCCCCAGCCCUUACUACCGCCUGCACUUCAAGAUCCCACGGUCCAAUGUGACUGUGGCCAUCUUCAUGCUGGACACAGUGACACUGUGUGGCAACUCAGAUGACUUCCUCGGCCAGCAGCCUCAGAGGCCUCGUGACCCAAAGAUGGCCCACUCGCAGCUGUCCUGGCUCAAGAAGCAGCUGGCAGCGGCCAAGGAGGACUAUGUGCUGGUGGCUGGCCACUACCCUGUGUGGUCCAUCGCCGAGCACGGGCCCACCCACUGCCUGGUCCAUAAACUGCUGCCCCUGCUGGCCACGUACAAGGUCACCGCCUACCUGUGUGGCCACGACCAUAACCUGCAGUACCUUCAGGAUGAGAACGGCAUCGGCUACGUCCUGAGCGGGGCUGGGAACUUCAUGGACCCCUCGAAGAGGCACUUUCGCAAGGUUCCCAGUGGCUACCUGCGCUUCCACUACGGGGAUGAGGACUCACUGGGCGGCUUCGCCUACGUGGAGAUCAGCCCCAAAGAAAUGAGCAUCACUUACAUCGAGGCCUCCGGCAAGUCCCUCUUCAAGACCAGGCUGCCAAGGCCAGCCAGGCCUGAGCGCUGGUGAGGGGCCUAAGGCAGAAGGGCUGCCCUGCCAUAGGGCGGUGGGCCCCGCUGAGACCCUUGCCCUUUGACAGGCCUUCUCAUGGGCCUGUGGUCCUGCUGAGCAAGAAGGAAAACCGCACAUGCUCUUGAACCUGACAUCCUUCUGUCAUUGCCAAACAUUCAAUAAA